CUCUUCCGGCUGUGUGUCAGCCCUUCAGCAGCAGUAGCAGCAGCAGCAGCAUCCCUGCCCAAGAGAAGCGAAGUACAGCCAGCAUCACAGGUGUCUCUGUUUUGGACGUGGUUGUUUUAACAAGGCUCUAGAAACAAGAAAAGGCAAAGAGAGACCAUGUUUUAGAGACCCCGUGUUGGCAGCCCAUUCUCUACAAUGAACAAUGAAGAUGAGUUCUUUGAUGCCGUCACAGGCUUGGAUUCAGACGAGUCGUGUGAAGGCACAUCAGAAGCCAGUUUUAAAGAUGCUGUAGUGUAUGCCGGCGCUCAGAAGAACAAUGGAGUGGUUCCUCUGGAGAACGGAAUUAAGAAGCACAGGUCGUCUCUUCCUGCCCCCAUGUUCUCCAGGAAUGAUUUUAGCAUAUGGAGCAUUCUCAAGAAAUGUAUUGGACUGGAGCUGUCCAAGAUCACAAUGCCCAUUGUGUUCAAUGAGCCCCUGAGCUUUCUACAGAGAAUCUCUGAGUAUAUGGAGCACACAUACCUUAUCCAGAAAGCCUGCUCACAGUCCGACUCUAUACAGAGGAUGCAGACGGUAGCUGCCUUCGCUGUGUCUGCAGUAGCUUCUCAGUGGGAUAGAACUGGAAAACCUUUCAACCCGCUUUUAGGAGAAACCUAUGAACUCACACGGGAGGAUCAGGGUUUCAGACUGAUCUCAGAGCAGGUGAGUCACCAUCCGCCAAUCAGUGCGUUUCACACUGAGAGUCUGACAGGUGACUUUGUGUUCCACGGCUCCAUCUACCCCAAACUCAAGUUCUGGGGCAAAAGUGUGGAGGCAGAGCCUAAAGGGACCAUCACGCUAGAGCUUCACAAGCAUAAAGAGGCAUACACAUGGACGAACCCUUUCUGCUGUGUACACAAUAUCAUUCUUGGUAAACUGUGGAUUGAACAGUACGGCACUGUAGAAAUUGUCAACCACAGUACUGGAGAGAAGUGUGUGCUGAACUUUAAACCCUGUGGCAUGUUUGGAAAGGAGCUGCACAGAGUUGAAGGUUACAUCCAGGAUAAGAGUAAGAAGAAGUGCUGUAUGAUCUAUGGGAAAUGGACCGAGUGUAUGUGGAGCGUCGACCCGCAGGUGUACGAGGCCCAUCGGAAGCUCGAGAAGAAGGGAACGACGGACACUCGAAAACAGAAACAGGAGGAGCCAGAAGCCGUCAACGAGGAUGCCGAUGAAAUGCCUGAUGUACAGGAGACUGUGGCCGUGAUUCCUGGUAGCACAUUAUUAUGGAGAAUAUCAUCGAGACCACCUCAUUCAGCAGAGAUGUAUAACUUCACUAAUUUUGCCAUGACGCUGAAUGAGCUGGAGCCUGGCAUGGAAGGAGUGCUGGCACCAACAGACUGCCGCCUGCGGCCUGACAUCAGAGCCAUGGAGAACGGCAACAUUGAUGAAGCCAGCAGUGAAAAGGAGAGACUGGAAGAGAAGCAGAGAGCAGCUCGUAAAGAGCGGGCCAAAGAUGAUGAAGAGUGGUCGACUAGGUGGUUUCAGUUAGGCACAAAUCCGUACACAGGAUCACAGGACUGGCUGUACACUGGUGGCUACUUUGAUAGGAAAUACACAGACUGUCCUGAUAUCUACUGAUGAGGAGGUGCAAGUUCAAAGGGCAGAGGUUUUGUCACCUCCUUCCUCCCUCUCUCUCUCUCUCUCUC